GCAAAAACGUCACAGUGUUUACCCGGAAACGAGUGCCUGUGUUGAACUGUGAUGUAGUUUAAGGAUUUCCCGGAGUUUUUCACUUAGUAAGGCUGAAUAUUUUGUAUAUUUAGUGUUUAAAUGAGUGACUCGAUAUGUAUAGCGGACUGUUACCUAAAGAUUUAACGGAAGACGAUCUCAGUCCAGACGAGGAGGAGAAGGAUGAACCAGAAAACGAUGUCGAGAAUCUUUCUGCUGGAAAUUUAAGCCAUGUUGCUGAAAACACAGACUUUCCGGAUGAUGGUGGAUCCACUCAGACUGGGAACGGUGUCGACGAUGAUUCCAGGACAUGCAGCAUGCCUGGAAUAUCCGAGGAAAUGUGGCAGAAAUUUCAGGAGCUCCGGAAAAAGAAAGAUGAAAUUAAGACAACAAAGAUCCACGAAAGAAGAAAAAGAAGACGCAGAAAAGAAAGAAAAAGCGAGGAACCUGCAGAGGACAGGCGGCGACAGGACGGCCGGGAGAAGCACUGGAAGGAGCUGAAGCAGUAUUUCGGUGUGAACGAUCGAUUUCAACCCCCUGCCGGCUCCAAGCCGCCUCCGAAGUCCGGCCUGGAAAAGAGCAUGGAGGAGGCCGUCGCUGAAGGGGACAUUGCAAAGGCGGAGGAGAUGAGCGACAGACUCGCCAGUCGAGAGAUGGCCGUGCAAAUCGCUCAGGCUGCGGAUUGCCGUGACUUUGUGCAUCGCAAACAGGAAGAGGAAGCGUUGAGGGCAGCGAGGAAGAGGAAGAGGCAGAUCGCCUGGGGGUUUGAGGCGAAGCAACGAUGGGAAACCAAAAGCAAUAUGGGCUUCAUGUGAUGAAAAUGGAGGAAGAGGAGUUAAUUUGAUUAAAAAAGUGUUUUUUUAUUCCUUUUCAUUCUUCUUGUACGUUUUGAAGGCAUUGCAGCAGCUGAAUGUGAGGGGGAAAUGUCAGGCAGUCGGCUGAGAGAAAACCAAUCCAGAGUGAAGCAGAGAGAGGAAAAUAAUGAAGAAGCAUUCAAAUUAAUUCCCAAGGCGCCCACUGGUGUCUGCAUUGUGUUAUUUUUCAUUACAUUUCAGUGAUUUCAGCCUUUUUUCCCUUCCCUCCCCUUCAAAUUAAAUCUGGUGUACAUUACUGGA